GGAGGUGUAAUGCACCCUGGGAGGAGGAGGUGGCUUUUUCUGAUAGGUCUCCCAGAUUUCUGCUCGUGUCACACAUCAAAAAAAGCGCCUUUAAGCAACCUUGGACGUUUACGCUCACCGCCGUCACUCCUGCCACUCAGACCAGAGCUGUCACGUUUCAUUACCGAUGACAUUCAUGUAAAAGUGAUCUCGUGUUUUUUGCAGAUGUGAUAAACAUAUUUUUCUGCCAUAGUGACGCAUUUGGAAAUCCUGCCAGCCAAGUUCCAAAUAAGGUUAAAGGUUCCAUUUGUUUUGUCGAUGGGCGUGUGACAGCGCAGGAGAAGUUUAAACUUCACUUUUUCUCACUCUCACACACUUCACAUCUGAAAACGAACAUGGACGCUAUGAGAAUUGUCGUCUUGGGAGAAACUGGAGCCGGGAGAAGCAGCCUGGCAAACACCAUAUUCGGAGAGCAACUCUUCAAGAUCAGCCACACUCUCAGCUCUGAGACUAGACGAUGUCAAGCAGAAACCAGAUCUGUCAGUGGAAGAAGCAUCACUCUGGUCGACACUCCUGGUUUCUUCGGCACACACAGAUCUGAGGAGGAGCUGAAGCCUGAGAUAGUGAGGUGUAUCACAGAGUGUGCUCCUGGGCCUCAUGCUUUUCUCAUCGUGCUCAAAGUGGUCGUAUUCACAGACCAGGAGCAGGCUGGAGUGAACAAAAUACAAGAGUACUUUUCUGAUGACAUCUUUAAAUAUUCCACAGCUGUCUUCACUCAUGGUGACCAGCUCCCCGAGGGAGAGACGAUUGAGAAAUUUGUCCAUGAUAACAGGUUUCUGAGGGAUCUGGUGAAGAAGUGUGGAGGACGGUGCCACGUCGUCGACAACAAAUACUGGAAAGACAAACCAAAGCAUGAAUACAGGAGCAACAAGUUCCAGGUGGAGGGGCUGCUCAAGACGAUAGACAAGAUGGUGACGGAAAACAAUGGAGGCUGCUACACCAAUGAGAUGCUGCUCAGAAAGCGGGCUAACAGCAGAAUAUUUUGGAGGCUUUUGAUCAGAUUUGCAAUCAUUGGAAUAGGCGGAUUGUUAGGAGGUGCUGUUGGUGUGACAGGAACUUCUGGAUUUCCAGUGUCAUUCAGCAGAAUUGCAGCUGCAGUUGGUGUAGUAGGAGCCGUGAUAGGAGGUGUUACAGGAUAUUUUAUAGGUAGAUCAGCAGACACACCACAGGAAUCUGUGGUUGUCAAGAUUGAAGAAUGAAGAAUCAAGUUUGAUAUGAAGCAAAUUCAUCACAGCUGAAGUUUGUAAUGAGCCGUGAGAUGUGAGAGAGCUGGAGAGAAUUCUUCAUGAACAAUUUCUGAUCAGAUUCAAAUCGUUAACCAUUCAUCUAAUUAUGUUUAUUCAGAUGCUGUAUGUUAUAGGUUGUACUUUGUCUGAGCACCAGACUUUUAUUUGCUUAUUCCUGUCUCACAAGCUAACCACAGUGCCGGGCUGUCAGUUCUUUCAACUCUAAUCAGAAAGAACAGACAGUUUUAAAAAUAUUCAUAGAAAGGAACUUUAAAGAUAUUGUUAUCAAACCAGAAUACGGUGUCAGUUGUAUUUCUGUCUCCACUGGUCGGUGUUUCCCUUUGCAAACACUGACCAGAGUGAUGUAUGCACAUAAUAUCUGUGAUGCUCCUGUAAAAGUUGUGGUUCCUUUGGGAAUAAAAUGUAUCAUCACAUAUGAACAGUCAAUAAAACCCUUUGAAAAACUUA